UCACCCAUACACAAAAAGGGGCGAUAAUCAUUUAGGGUUAAUCAAGAUCACGAAAAAAACUCAUUCAGUCUCAUUGUAAUGUCGACAAUAAAAAGCUCACCGUCGAGCAAACUGUUCACGUUCGGGCUUGUAUCUGCAUGGUACUCAUCAAACAUUGGGGUAUUAUUGCUCAACAAAUAUUUACUAACCAAUUAUGGAUUCAAAUACCCAAUUUUUCUUACAAUGUGUCAUAUGGCUUCAUGUGCAUUGCUAAGCUACAUUGCCAUUGCAUGGAUGAAGUUGGUUCCGUUGCAAACCAUCCGAUCUCGUGUUCAAUUGGUCAAGAUAUCCGCUUUGAGUCUAAUCUUUAGUGCAUCUGUAGUGAGUGGUAAUAUAUCCCUUCGGUAUUUGCCUGUGUCUUUUAAUCAGGCGAUUGGGGCUACAACGCCAUUUUUCACAGCGGUGUUUGCUUAUCUCAUGACUUUGAAGAAGGAGGCGUUUCUUACGUAUAUUACCCUCAUUCCUGUUGUUACCGGUGUUAUCAUCGCAAGUGGGGGUGAGCCAAGUUUUAAUCUAUUUGGAUUUAUAAUGUGUGUCGGUGCUACCGCUGCCAGAGCACUUAAAACAGUGGUUCAAGGGAUAUUGCUUUCCUCUGAAGGUGAGAAGCUGAACUCCAUGAAUCUCCUUCUGUACAUGGCUCCUAUUGCUGUAGUACUUCUCCUUCCUGCAACAAUAUACAUGGAAGAGAAUGUCGUUGGCAUAACAGUAGCACUUGCAAGACAAGAUUUUGGGAUUGUUUGGCUGUUAAUUUUCAACUCCUCCCUUGCUUAUUUUGUGAACCUGACCAACUUCUUGGUCACAAAACAUACAAGUGCUCUUACACUUCAGGUUCUUGGAAAUGCAAAGGGAGCAGUAGCAGUCGUGGUUUCGAUAUUAAUCUUUAGGAAUCCAGUUUCUGUAACUGGGAUGGCUGGCUAUACACUUACAGUUAUUGGUGUCAUUCUUUACGGUGAAGUUAAGAAGCGUAGUGUCAAACGAGACAACAUUUCUUUAUAAGUUAGCAUGAGAUUACUCACUUGUUUAGAGUUCAUAUGGAGAAAAAUCUUCUUUUUUGAGUUUUACCGUUGAUUCUUUCAGUAAAGAGAUGUAGAAUUAAUCCCAGAAAAUGUGUCAUACUGGUACCAACUUAGGGAAAAUUAGUAAAAAGAAUGCGAGAUUUCAGAUUGUAGCAAAUGAUCAGUCACAUGGUGAAACUGUAUAGCAGAUUGUUGAA